GAACUAUACACAUUCAUCAUGGAGAACUCUGAAGGCCAACUCAUCGAUCUUUACAUUCCUCGCAAGUGUUCUGCCACCAACCGUCUCAUCACUGCUAAGGAUCACGCUUCUGUUCAAAUCAACGUUGCUGAUGUUGAUGCUGAGGGUCGUGCCACUAACACCUUCUCCACCUAUGCUUUCUGUGGUUUCGUCCGUAAGGAAGCUGAAUCUGAUGACUCCCUUAACCGUCUCGCCCAAGAAGAUGGCUACUUGAAGAACGUCUUCUCUUACCAACACUAAAUAUAAAGAGUUUAUUUGGCGCUUUCUUUUUUUUUUUCUACAAAAAAAAAAUAAAUUGAAUUAACUCUUGAACUUUUAUUUUGUAUUUUUUCAUGUGUCUUACUCUUAAUAAAAUGUGGUUUUAAGGUAAAGAGAAAAAGCUUUUUUUUUCAGUGAUGGUCGCGUUAUAUUAUGAUAUAAGUAAUGGGAAAGGGGAAGGGAUAUUGCAG